GGGAAUGUCAACAGACCUCACUGCUGAGGCCUCACCAUGGCUUCCCAGGCCUGCAGGCUCCUUUGCCUUCUGCUUGGGCUUCAGGGCUCUCUGGCUGCAGUCUUCAUAACCCAGGAGGAGGCCCACGGGGUCUUACGCCGGCAGAGGCGUGCCAACUCCUUCCUAGAGGAGCUGCGGCCAGGCUCCCUGGAGCGGGAGUGCAGGGAGGAACAGUGUUCCUUCGAGGAGGCCCGGGAGAUCUUCAGGAGCACAGAGCGGACGAAGCAGUUCUGGAUUUCUUACAACGAUGGGGACCAGUGCACCUCAAAUCCAUGCCAGAACGGGGGUUCCUGUGAGGACCAGCUCCAGUCCUAUGUCUGCUUCUGCCUCCCUGAAUUUGAGGGCCGGAACUGUGAGACAAACAAGAAUGACCAGCUGAUCUGCUCAAAUGAGAACGGUGGCUGUGAGCAGUACUGCAGCGACCACAUGGAGGCCAAGCGCUCCUGCUGGUGCCACGAGGGGUACUCUCUGCAACCGGAUGGGGUAUCCUGUGCGCCCACAGUUGAAUAUCCAUGUGGAAAAAUACCUAUUCUGGAAAAAAGAAACACCAGCAACCCUGAAGGCCGAAUUGUGGGGGGCAAAGUGUGCCGCAAAGGGGAGUGUCCGUGGCAGGCCAUGCUGACGCUGAACGGAGCUCUGCUAUGUGGGGGGACCCUGGUCGACCCCAGCUGGGUCAUCUCUGCAGCCCACUGCUUUGACAGAAUCAAGAGUGGGAAGAACCUAUCCGUAGUGUUAGGCGAGCACGACCUCAGCCAGGAGGAAGGGGACGAGCAGGUCCUGCACGUGGCACAGGUCAUCGUGCCAGCCACUUACACCGCAGGCGUCCCAGACCACGACGUGGCCCUGCUCCGCCUGGACCCGCCAGCCCACCUGGCCACACACGUGGUGCCGCUGUGCCUGCCCGAGGCUGCCUUUGCAGCUCGCGUGCUGGCAGCUGUGCGCUUCUCCACUGUCAGCGGCUGGGGCCGGCUGCUGGAGCGUGGGGCCACAGCGCGGGAGCUCAUGGCGGUGGACGUGCCCCGGCUCAUGACACAGGACUGCGAGCAGCAGUCGCGGCGCCGGGCAGGUUCCCGGCGCCUCACCGAGAACAUGUUCUGCGCGGGCUACCUUGACGGCAGCAAGGAUGCCUGCAAGGGCGACAGUGGCGGCCCUCAUGCCACGCGCUACCGGGGCACCUGGUACCUGACGGGCGUGGUCAGCUGGGGCGAAGGCUGCGCAGCCGCCGGCCACUUCGGGGUGUACACACGGGUGUCUCGCUACACUGAGUGGCUUCGUGGUCUCAUGCGCUCUGAGUUGCGUCCAGACUUCCUGCUCCGGGCCCCGUUCCCCUAACCCAGCUCCUGGCCACCUGGAGAUGCCCACACCAAUCCAACUCUCUCCUCUUGGUUUGGGGGGGGGGGCGGAAGGGCAGAAACAGAUGCGCAGAGAUGAAGAAAUGGAGAUUUGGGAGGGGACACAGAGACACACAGCCAGGAGGGGAUAGAGGGGUCUGAGAGAGGCCGGGACCUAAGGAGACAGCUGUGGAGCAGGGCACUGGUACCUGGUCCUGAUGGCAAACAAGUAGCAUUUACUUUAGGGUCAACCGAGGUCUGCAAACAAAUGGUGGAGGGCUGAAUCAAGUCACACUGUGUUGUAAAUAAAGUAUUAUGGAAUAUUUGUUUA